UUUACUCAUUGGCAUCUGCGUUAUUUUUAAAGCUUUUUAUUAACUUACUCCGUCUGUCAGUCUGACCAUCUGUCCAGAUGAUAUUUUGUCACAGAAGAAAAUCGAAACAUGGUAAAGAGAGAAGAGACAGGGGGACGUCGACCGGUUGCCAAGCGACCAUUCCACCAAUGAUACGUGCGCUUAACUUGACUAUGGAAAAUUCCUAUUCUAGAAACUUCACCGUGGAAAACUACCUCCGCGUAUAUAAGGAACGAGCGGAUAUAAAAAUAAUAAUAUCCGCUUAUUUUACCCAAAUCAUCUACAGUAACACGAAGUAUUGUUGUGACUCGUAACUUCUCGCAAAUUCGAUCCUCUUUUCCAGUACACCAUACCGUUUUACAGAAGCAUUAUCACAGAUUACAAUUUGCAUAUUAUAUUUACUUUUUAUAGACAAUUUUCCAGAUGUCAUUCUUUAAAGUAGAGAGUUCCAAUGCCCGUUAUGCGGAAGACUACAUUGAAGCCGAUUAUGAUUACCAAACAACAGAAGUUAAGAUGGAUAAUGGAGAAUAUAAAAUUUUUCCACACAUUACCCAAAUUACGUUUCGUACCCAGAGAAAAGUGCCUAGAUUAGGUCUGAUGAUGGUGGGAUUAGGCGGUAAUAACGGCACUACGGUGGCAGCCGCAAUUUUGGCGAAUAAGAUGAAACUCUCUUGGCACACUAAAGUAGGAGUAGUGAAAGCCAACUAUUUCGGUUCCUUAACCCAGGCAUCGACAGUGUGCUUGGGAUCGUCGCCAGACGGCGAUGUUUACGUUCCUAUGAAGGACCUGCUUCCCAUGGUCGACCCCAACGACAUCGUCGUCGACGGAUGGGACAUUUCGUCCAUGAAUUUGGCCGACGCCACGGAGCGCGCCAGAGUUCUGGACUACAACCUUCAGGUUCAGCUGAAAGAGCACUUGAAGAAGAUGGUCCCACGCCCGGCCAUCUAUCAUAAAGACUUCAUCGCCGCCAAUCAGGAGAGCAGGGCCGACAACGUGCUGACAGGCAGCAAGUGGGAACAGGUGUGUGCCGUCAGGCGCGACAUUCGAGACUUCAAAGAGAAGUGUGGUCUGGACAAGGUGAUAGUGUUGUGGACGGCCAACACUGAGCGAUUCUGUGACGUCCGCCCGGGUCUGAACGACACCGCCGACAAUUUGCUGGCCUCUAUCAAGAACGAGGCAUCGGAAAUAUCGCCCUCCACCCUCUAUGCCGUGGCCAGCAUAUUAGAAGGGUGUGCCUACAUCAAUGGAUCUCCUCAGAACACUUUUGUUCCCGGGUGCGUGGAGUUGGCCGAGAAGCAUUCGGUGUUUAUCGGCGGCAACGACUUCAAAUCUGGCCAGACCAAGUUCAAAUCCGUCAUCGUCGACUUCUUGGUCAGCGCGGGCAUCAAGCCCGUCUCCAUCGUCAGUUACAAUCAUCUGGGCAAUAACGACGGCAAGAAUCUGUCAGCCCCCCAACAGUUCCGUUCUAAGGAAGUGUCCAAGAGCAACGUGGUCGACGACAUGAUCGAGUCCAACAGGAUCCUUUACGAACCCGGAGAGAAACCCGACCACUGUGUGGUGAUCAAAUACGUGCCGUAUGUGGGCGAUAGCAAGAGGGCCCUGGACGAGUACACGUCAGAAAUCAUGAUGGGAGGUCACAACACCAUCGUGGUGCACAACACUUGCGAAGAUUCGUUGCUGGCUAGUCCAAUCAUCCUAGAUCUGGUCAUUCUGACCGAAAUAUGCCAAAGAAUAAGCUUCAGGGUAGGAGACGAUCAGAAAUUCGAGAGUUUCAAUAGCGUAUUGUCUAUCCUUAGUUACCUGUGUAAGGCUCCCAUGGUUCCUAAAGGCGCACAGAUCGUCAAUGCUCUAUUUAAGCAGCGGGCCUGCAUAGAGAACAUUUUCAGAGCCUGCAUCGGACUUCCUCCUCUGAAUCACAUGGAGCUGGAGCAUAAAGUUUGCCAUCCCGAAAAAUGGCAAGCAAAUGAAAUGAAUUCUAAUCCUCCGUAUCCCAAAUUGUCAGAAGUUAAUCAUCUGAAUGAAUUGAUUCGAACUAGUAAGGUUAUUAACGGCUACUCUUAGAUUCAGUAUUAAUUAUUUGUAUAAAAUUCAUUUACUAUCCAUUCACAGAAUGUAGAUGUUGAAAUACACAAUUUUAUACCGAAAGCGAAAUCAUAUUUUUAGAGAAUUUCCUCUGAAAGUUUUCUAUUGUUUUAAAAUUUAUUAUAUUACAUGCAAGUUUGUAAAGUAUCUGAUAGACGAUGCUUUUAUAUAUAAAUUAUAUUCUAUUGAAUAAAAAUGUUCACGUAUUUUCUUCUGUUUUAAACGGAUUUUCACGUAUGCAAAACAUAAUUUCGGAAUUAUAAUAAACUAAUUAAUUUAGAAAUUGUAGGGUUGUAAAUAAAUUAGAAUUAUUUUGAGAUAUUCACUCAUAAAAUUAUCAUCAAAAAAGAAUAAUUAACAUAUAAAUGCAGGUGGCAGCACAUUUAUUCAUUAUUAUUUAACAAAUAGACUGGCAGAUGGCGGUAGUAUCAGAAAAUUAUUUAAAAUGCCGCCAAUAGAUGGCAGUAGUUAAAAACGAUUUGAAAACAAUUGAAAAAGCAUGAUUAAUAGAUAGCACUCGAAUAAAUCAAAUAACUUCUGUUUAAAUUCAAGGAAAAAACUAUUUUUACACUGAAAUACAUAAAAAUAAGAGAGAAAAAUAAUUUGAUUACAGUUUAGUUCAAUACAUGCAGACAUUUUUCCUUUUUUUUCUUCCUUAAUGAGAGUAUGAAAGUAAGCGACUCCAGUUGUAAACAAGUGGCGACCUUCUAGGUCAAAAUACAAAAAUUAGAACAACAAUUGCAAUAAAUUUGUAUUCUAGUGUAAUACUUUUUAAAAAUUCGAUACUUUAUUGUUGUCUGGCGAACUAAAUGCGUGUUUUGCAUAUUAAAAAAAUUAAAAUAUAAAUAAUAAGAAGGGGAAAAAAACAGCGCAUUUUAACUAUAUUGCGAAUGGUUAUUCGCGUAAGUCACUAACUCGUCGACAACGACUCAUAUACGUCAGAUACAAUCUGUAAGUUUAAUAACG